CUAUUUUGUUUUGUGACCUCAGUAGAACCAGCUUAUCCUUCCUGAGGGUCUGUUUCUUCCUCUGGAAAAUGAAGAAAAAGCCAGCCUUUCCCUCCCCAGAGGCAGUAGCAUAAGAAGGUGUCAAGGCUCAUGAAGGGGGAAAAACGUGAGGAGCAGGGGCUGGGCCCUGAACCUGCAGCCUCAAACCAGCCCACGGAGGAGGAGGAGGCUCUGAUCGAAUUCCACCGCUCCUACCGAGAGCUCUUCCAGUUCUUCUGCAGCAACACCACCAUCCACGGUGCCAUCCGGCUGGUGUGCUCCCAGCACAACCGCAUGAAGACAGCCUUCUGGGCUGUGCUCUGGCUCUGUACCUUCGGUGUGAUGUACUGGCAAUUUGGCCUGCUGUUUGGAGAGUACUUCAGCUAUCCCGUCAGCCUUAACAUCAACCUCAACUCAGAUAAGCUUGUCUUCCCAGCUGUUACUGUCUGUACCAUCAAUCCCUACAGGUAUACUGAAAUUAAAGAGGAGCUGGAGGAGCUGGACCACAUUACAGAGAAGACACUCUUCGACCUGUAUAAAUACAACUCCUCUAACACCCUCAAGGUCCAUCACCGCAGCCGCCGCGGCCUCCGGGGGAACCUGCCGCACCCCCUGCAGCGCCUGCAGGUGCCGCCCCCACCCCACAAGGCCCGCAAGGCCCGCAGCACGGCCUCCAGCGUGCGGGAUAACAACCCCCGGGUGAACAGGAAAGACUGGAAGAUCGGCUUCCAACUGUGCAACGAGAACCAAUCGGACUGCUUCUACCAGACUUACUCAUCGGGGGUGGAUGCGGUGAGGGAGUGGUACCGCUUCCACUACAUCAACAUUCUGUCACACCUGACGAACAGCUCACCAUCCCUCAAGGAGGACGCACUGGACAACUUCAUCUUCACCUGCCGCUUUAACCAGGACUCCUGCAACCAGGCGAAUUAUUCUCGUUUCCACCAUCCGAUGUAUGGGAACUGCUACACCUUCAAUCACAAGAACAACUCCAACCUCUGGAUGUCUUCCCUGCCUGGGAUCAACAAUGGCCUGUCCCUGGUGCUACGCACAGAGCAGAAUGACUUCAUCCCACUGCUGUCCACGGUGACGGGGGCCAGGGUCCUGGUGCAUGGGCAAGAUGAACCUGCUUUCAUGGAUGAUGGCGGCUUUAACUUGCGGCCUGGCGUAGAGACGUCCAUCAGCAUGAAGAAGGAAGCCCUGGACAGACUUGGGGGCAACUAUGGUGACUGCACUGAGAAUGGCAGCGAAGUCCCUGUCAAGAACUUUUACCAUUCCAAGUACACUCAGCAGAUGUGUAUUCAUUCCUGCUUCCAGGAGCGCAUGAUCAAGGAGUGUGGCUGUGCCUACAUCUACUACCCAAAGUCCGAGGGUGUGGAGUAUUGUGACUACUGGAAGCAUACCUCCUGGGGCUAUUGCUACUAUAAGCUCCAGUUUGCCUUUUCCUUGGACAGACUAGGCUGUUUCACCAAAUGCCGGAAGCCAUGCAGUGUGACCAGCUACCAGCUUUCUGCUGGUUACUCACGGUGGCCCUCAGUGACAUCCCAGGAAUGGGUCUACCAGAUGCUAUCCCGACAGAACAAUUACACUAUCAACAACAAAAGAAAUGGAGUUGCUAAACUCAACAUCUUCUUUAAGGAGCUGAAGUAUAAAACCAACUCUGAGUCUCCUUCUGUCACGAUGGUCACCCUCUUGUCCAACUUGGGCAGCCAGUGGAGCUUGUGGUUCGGCUCUUCAGUACUGUCUGUGGUGGAGAUGGCCGAGUUCAUCUUUGACCUCCUAGUCAUCACAUUCCUGAUGCUGCUCCGGAGGUUCCGAAGCCGAUACUGGUCUCCAGGCCGAGGGAACAGGGGUGCCCAGGAGGUGGCAUCCACUCCACCUUCCUCCCUUCCCUCCCGUUUCUAUCCCUACCCCACAUCCCCCUCCCUGUCUCAGCCUGGUCCUGCUGCCUCCCUAGCCUUGACAGCCCCUCCACCUGCCUAUGCCACCCUAGGCCCCCGCCCAUCUCCAUUAGGCUCGGCAGAGCCCAGCUCCUCUGCUUGUACUGCAGGGGAGCUCUGA